CUGGGCUCACAGCGACGCCGGCCCCGCACCUCAUCACCCGUUCGACGCCGUUAACGCCGAGCUUAUCUCAUCCGGAUGCGCCCACGGGCCUCCGCCCCCGCCCACGUGGCGCGUCUCCGUCUUCCGCGCCUCGUUACCUUCGCCCUCUCUUCCAAGCAACCAACCAACAGAUCAGAGCGAACAGAGUGCAGGGGGGCUGUAGGGUAAUUAAAGGAGGCAACUUUCCCCUUUUUUUUCUCCGUGGUUUCCAACGGAAGAGGAGAGAGAAGGAGGAGGAGGAGGAUUUGGGGUUUCGUGGCGAGGAACUUUUUAGGGUUUUGAUUUCUUUGGAUGAUCGGGAGGUGGAGAUGCUGUCCGGUGGUGCCAUGCGCAAAUCCUUCAAGGAUUCGCUGAAGGUUCUUGAGGCCGACAUACAGCAUGCGAACACUUUGGCUUCAGAUUUUCCUGCAGAUUACGAUGGUGCGUGCCUUCAAAUGCGAAUGUCUUAUAGUCCAGUCGCACACUUGUUUCUGUUUCUGGUGCAAUGGGCAGAUUGUAGCCUUGCUGGGGCGCUUGGACUCCUCAGAAUUAUGAUAUACCAGGUACAUGUUGAUGGAUCAACGACCAUGUCGACUCAUGAAAGGAAAGCUAGCAUUAAAGAGUUCUAUGCUGUAAUCUUCCCCUCUUUGCUCCAACUACAAAAAGGCAUCACUGAUAUGGAAGACAAAAAGCAGAGGGCAGUAUGCAUGGAGAGAUAUAGACGAAGAGAUGAGGAUGAAAUGAAACAUUUCUCUGAAAUAGAUGCUGAAAGAGAAGAGGAAUGUGGAAUUUGCAUGGAGAUGAACAGCAAAUUUGUAUUGCCCAAUUGCAGCCAUGCCAUGUGCAUGAAAUGCUAUAGAGAAUGGAACUCAAGAUCACGGUCGUGCCCGUUCUGUCGUGAUAGCCUCAAGAGAGUAGACUCUGGUGACUUGUGGAUAUACGUGGAUAACAGAGAUGUAAUCGACAUGGAAACGGUGACACAAGAAAAUAUUAAGCGUCUCGUCAUGUACAUAAAAGAGUUGCCCGUGGUUGUUUCAGAGUCUGUCGUCUUUGAUGUUUACGACUCUCAUAUCAGGUGACCUCUUUCAUCAACUAAUCUGUGCUUUGGAGAUCAUUCCAGUUUAUGUUUGGAAGCUGCUGCUACUUUUUAAGCGGCGGCGACGUAUUUAUCGAUCAUCUUCAGCACCCAUGUAAAUGUCUGUACAGUGAGUAAGCUUGUAAGUCUGAGUGCCAACAUCGGUAAACAUUGAUUGGUGUCAAAGCCUGUGCCGGUGCUUAAGCACUUUCUAGCUACUGUAAUAUGUGGUAUAUGGUAGCUUUCUGCAGUUGAAGUGGGCAAACUCUUAUUCUCUGGGUUUCCAUUCAAGAAAAAAUUAACUGGUUCAGCUAA